CACGGAGAACUUGGCACACACUUCGGUGUGGGGAGAGUGGUCUGACGCUCAGCCGCGGAGCGACCGGCCGCCUCUCACCCUCCUUCAGCCCGCUCAGAGGAACCGCAGCGCUCUGCCGAUGCGCCCAGCAGCCGCCGUCACUCCCCGCUCCCUCACACCUGUACCCAGAGCUCGUCUCCUCACCGGGGCUUCGCUCUCAGCACCGCCCCCCAGCACACUCUGGACUUCACUGUAAGACCUCAGGUAGCACUCUCAACUCCCUUCUGAAUGACGGGCGGUCGGUUCGACUUUGACGAUGGCGGCACAUACUGCGGAGGCUGGGAGGACGGCAAAGCCCACGGCCACGGUGUGUGCACGGGACCCAAGGGCCAGGGCGAGUACUCUGGCUCCUGGUCUAACGGCUUCGAAGUGGUCGGCGUGUACACCUGGCCCAGCGGGAACGUGUUCCAUGGCUACUGGGCGCAGGGCAGGCGCCAUGGACUCGGUGUAGAGACCAAAGGGAGGUGGAUUUACCGGGGCGAGUGGACUCACGGGUUCAAGGGCCGGUACGGGGUCCGGCAGAGCCAGAACACACCGGCCAGGUAUGAGGGCACCUGGAGUAACGGACUGCAGGAUGGCUACGGCGUGGAGACGUACGGUGAUGGAGGUACUUAUCAGGGUCAGUGGACUGGUGGAAUGCGUCAUGGCUAUGGUGUACGUCAAAGUGUCCCAUAUGGUAUGGCCUCUGUCAUCCGCUCGCCUCUAAGAACCUCGCUGGCUUCUCUCCGCAGUGAGCAGAGUAAUGGCACAGUAUUGCGUGACAGCCUGUCUGACAGCCCUGCUGGCACACGUGGUGGCUUCGUACUCAACUUCCACUCAGAUGGCGAAGGUUCAGAGAAGAAGAAGAGUCUUUUCCGACGUGGCUCCCUCUUCGGCAGCCUUCAGCGACUGCGAAAAUCAGACUCGCGCUCGUCGAUUUCCAGUAAGCGUAGCUCAGCACACAGUGACACCACCAUGAGCCGCAUCAGUUCAAGUGACGCCAACUCCACUAUUAGCUUUGGAGACGGAGAGCCGGGCGAUGAUUACCUGACUCAGGAGGACAAUGUGGAUGCCCUCACCACUGAGUCCUACAUGGGCGAGUGGAAGAACGACAAGCGCAGCGGCUUUGGUGUCUCUGAGCGCUCUAAUGGCAUGAAGUAUGAAGGUGAGUGGUUGAACAAUAAGCGCCAUGGCUAUGGCUGCACCAUCUUCCCUAACGGCACCAAGGAAGAAGGGAAGUAUAAGAACAACGUGCUGGCCAGGGGCAUAAAGAAGCAGCUGAUCCCACUGAAGAACACCAAGACCAAACAGAAGGUGGAUCGAGCCGUCGAAGGAGCAGUGAGAGCAGCAGCCAUCGCCAGGACCAAAGUGGAGAUUGCCAUCUCCAGGACGUCCCAUGCUCGUGCCAAAGCAGAGACUGCAGAUCAGGCUGCACAAUCAGCCAGUCAGGAUUCAGACAUUGCCAGAGCUGUGGCCAGAGAGCUCUCCCCAAGCUUCCAUCAGCCAGGCCCUGACUACAUACGACAGAAGUACAAUGAGCCAGUAGAGGUGAAAGAGGUUCCUGUGGAGAAAGAAAAAUCUCCAUCAGGGAGCCCCCAUUUCUACCGGAAAGGAACAACACCCAACCACUCUCCAUCUCCGAGCCCAGGCCCCAGCCCCACUCCUUCACCUGCUGUUGUCAAGAAGACCUUUUUUAGCAGUAAAACCACCACCCCUGCAAAGCCUGCUGGGAAAGAGAACAAAACCCCAGCAGCUGAGUCUUUGACAGCAGCAGGCUUAACAAAAGCUGCAUCAAAACUUUCUCUCAGACAGGAAGUGGGGCAACAGGAGGCUCCUCCAGUAGUCAAACCAGCUGUUACCACAGCAGCCAGCAUUUACCCCAGCAAUGGGCAGAUUCACUCCCAGUACCAUGGUUACUAUGUCAAGGCAGAUGUCAAGAGUCCACCACCCGAUGAUCCAAUUGAGGAUGACCUUCACCCAUCAAGCCUUGCUCGGUUGCCACCACCUGCCAAACUGAUUCAGACACCAGCACUAAAAUCCCUGCCAGCCCAGAGUCGUUCACCAGCUCCCCCAAAAGAGAGCACCAAAGCACCAGAACCUGUCAAGCCAAAAAGACUGGAAUCAACCAAACCAAAGAGCCUCGCAGAAACCAAGAAAGCCAGCAUGGAAAUAGCUCCUGAAAUUGUAGAGGAGUCGGGCCCUAACUCCAUCUUGGUGGCUCUUGUGAUGCUGUUGAAUGUAGGUCUAGCAAUCAUUUUUGUCCAUUUCCUCACCUGACCAAAUCUCAACUCAGUGGACUCAUCCAAACUAGUCGCCGAGCUGCUAACCCUCCACCAGCCACAGGGGCCUUUCAAAUAAACAACAACAGUCAGAACAGCAAACACGGGCAGAACGGAGGACUGAAAAUAGACUAGUGAAGAAGGAGGAGGAAGAGAAGAAGUGGAGCAGAAAAACACAUGGAGAAGAAAGAGAGAGGGGGGGGAAGAUGAAACCUCCUUCACCACCACCACCACCACCACCACCACCCUACACCCCACCCAGCCCUCUCUCUCUGGAUGGACUGAAUGACUGUGUUUAGUGCCCGAGUCCAACCUGAUUGGACUGGCGAUGAUUUGUGACUCCACUCCAGAGUGCAGUGAAAGCUGAAGCAAGCAGUUGCUGGUUGGAAAUGGGCCCUUUAGCCCCAACUAUGGAUUCUCUAACAGGCUUAGAAAUAACAGGAGACCUGGAGAGUAGAGCGGAUUAGAGCGAGUGUAAGGCCUGGCACACAUCUAUACUGCCUAUAAAUGUGUGCUUCACUUUCUCGAGCUCCAUUUCCAUCCAGCUGUUCAGCAAAUAUGGAAGUUUUGAAAUGCUGCAAUAAAAGUUUGUGCCUAGUCCAGCUGCGUUGAACACAAUUUGUUUCCUAAAUGAUCCUCCAGAAGAACUGAGAGCGACUUCACUGUGUUGAUUAGUGCUGUUAAUUAUUAGUAACUGCUGUUCUGAUGUUGGUCAUAUGUUAUGUUUUUAUUUUAUUUAUCUACCAUCAGACAGGACACCUACACUUUAGAGAGACAACAGGCAGUCAGAUACAUCACAAUAAACAUUAAUGAACUGUAGUACACUUUAAUUCAACUAUUGACCAGGUCAGUUACGCCAAGCCUUUGUUAUUGCAUCAACCAAUGCUACAUGGUGUGUUGUUGAAGAAAAGCAUUUUCUGCUUGUGGUGAGCAUGAAGCAUUUUUGUAGAUUUUCUUUCUUAUCUUUUAUUGCUUAGAAUCAACUCUCCCGUUACGUCGAAAUCUACACAUAACUGCUGGAUGGAAACCAGGCUUGUGUGUUUCUCAGUGUAUUUUACAUGUUUUUCUAUCUGCUUCUGCUGUGUGUGUGUGUGUGUGUGUUUGUGCGCGUGUCUGUUUGUGCACGUGGGUGUGCACGCGGGCCGAUGGUGGACUGGAAAUGUUCGGAGAUGCACUUUGAGCUGAUGGAAUCCGACAGCUGCCUUACCGUUUUACAGAGUGACGUGUUGGUGGGUGAGAAGGGUCCGGGCAGGAAUGUGAAGCGCUUGGCUGAAUCUAGCUCUGCCUGGUCCUGGGAGAGUGGCUCCAUUUCUAUAAGUCUGUGUAUCGAUCUGUUCAUAUCUGUUUUUAUCUCUUUCUGUGGGUCUCUCAGGGCCUGCCUGCCAUAUUCUAUACCACAUCAGGUGCACAUACGAUGAUCAGAGGACUUUUAUUCCAAAAUGAACAGAUGAAAACAUGACUACAACAUCAUAGUUUUUAAAGGGAUAAUUGCAAUUCAGAAAAUUGAAUAUUAUUCCCUGUCUUUCAUUUUUGGAAUGGAUGAAUGAAAGAUUGCUUUUGAUACAAUUACUGUUUGUGUCUGUCUUCACUUGUAAUUAUUGCUCAACCAGGAAUUCAUGUUUCUGUGUUUUAAUAUCUUUUGGCACAGUCUUCAUCCCUCCUGAGCUUAAUUUAACCCUGGCUUGUCUAUCCUGUUUAUAACAGUGUGGCGUGUGACAGCUGUAUGUGCCCCUCUGUUUUCUAAGGAAGUUUUUUUAAUAAAUGAAUGAAGGUUAGUACAGUUUAAUACAUUUAGAUUUCAAUUUAAGACUCUUAAUACCUUAAUGAGUGAAAUUCAUCUAGCUCUAAUUUCAGGCCUGAGUAAUAUAAAUGAAUUUUCAACUAUGAACUGAAUUCCUGGUAGGAAUGCAGUGUGGAUUUGUGUUAGUGACUGCAGUGAAGCUGUUUCACUUAGUGCAGUACAUGAACAAUGUGAGUCAACAGUAAUACAGAAGCUGUUGUCAUUUCUUCUGUACAUCUUCUAAGAAUUAGACAGUGGAAAAUGAACAAAACUUAAAUUGUAAGGGACGAUUGAUGCACCUCACGAUGAGAAUCUGUGGAUUUGGUUGUAUACAUGUGUUCUACCUAAACUCCAAAGUGUUUCAGAUCUGCUUUGGUCUAAAUCUUCUGUCAAGGGUCAAAAUCAACUCUCAGUCUUGUGAGAGGUCUGUCUCAUUCUUCCUGCUGGACACAGACAUCAGGCAGUUACAUGCAUAACUCUUGUUUGGAGUUGUAAAAUGAAGUGAGAUGAAGACUGUGUGUGACCAUAUUUGCACUGUUAUGCAUGAGCAAAGAGACACAGCAGAGCUUUACUCCUUUACUACUUUACUGACAGGCUACUCUUCGUUUAUCAUCCUAGUUUUAUCAACGUGGUUGAUUCUCUGACCAUUCUGGGAAAGGUGGAUCUAUUAAAAACUUGAGUUUUUUGUACCAUUGUGGAUUGUAUAAUGCAUUGUUUUGCCAUUAAUUUGUGCAAAACUAAACUACUAGCACAGAGAAUUGUGGUUUUAAUAACAUAGACCAUCAAAGGAAUCCUUAGCUUAAAAUGUUUUCCUUCAUAACAUAUGUUAGAAAACAUAGAGGAAUCACUCAGAAUCUAUACAUUAUUUAUUUAUUUAUACAUAUUUUAAUGUGGAAACAUGUGUUUGCAGCUUUAACCAAGUUAGUUUGCUGAUUAAGCUGAAUAGUAAUUGUCAUUUGUCUACAAUCUCUAUUUGAUGCAUAUGAAGAAUUGAUUUUUAAUAUUUACUCAACUUGACAGCAUGGUACUGUUCUGUUUAACUGUGGACUUGUGAUAAAUGUUUCCACUAUUGUUCAGUAUACUGAAACAUACACUUUAUUUUGUGGGUUUGUUAGUUACAAUUAUUUGCCAUAAAGUUAUUUAAUAAUAACUGGAAAUAAUGAAGAAAUGGAAAAUAAUGUGGAAAAUAAAGCAUGAUAGGAGGUGUUUCCCUGCCCCCAAGACUUUCAAUAUCAUACGGUGUACAGUUGGUAUAUUACCAACCUUUGACUAAUACAUUUAGGAUUUUGUUCUGUAGAGUAAUUAGGUGGUUUAUCAUUCAUAUUUAGAUAAAGAUGACAUUUGUACAUUGGUUGGAUGAUGUAGAGCUCUCUGCUCUGUUGUAUGUGGUAUCCUGUUUGAAUUUGAACUGGCAGGAUGAAGAUUCAGAGUUACUUCAGGGUAUGCAUUGCUUUCAGAUAACUGUGCUGCUGUUGUUCACCAUUAUCAGCUGGAGUACCAGUGCCUGUUGAAUAGUACAGCAGCUGUUUGUUCCAGUUUUAUUUAAAUGAUGAAUGCCCUACGGUAUGAUUUUACAGUGCUUUGUUUGAUUUAGAUCUCUGUCAGGGGGUCAUGGUAUAUGACAAAUAACACUGUAGAAGCAGAGUGUGACAUUAGGUUUCAGUUUGUGUCUGCUAACUUCUCAACAGUCUGGGCUUUGAGGCCAACAGUGUCACUAAGAUCAGUGGUAUACUUUCAUAUGUUCUGAAUGUAUUCAAAACUGCUGGUGUGUGAAUGCUGGUUUCAAAAUGAACUAUUGGCCUUUUAAAAUUAACCCCUCUUAAUGUGCAUGAUGUCAUUUAAAAUAUUUAUCUGUAUUUUUUGAUGAAAGUUUUAGAUAGAAACAUUUGAAAUUUUAAUGAAGUUUACAGUUGGGAAAGAAAAGCAUUGUCUUAAAUAUGUUUCCACCCUGAUGGCUGGAUUAAGCAUCACGUUUUUGUUAUAAUAUGGAAACUUAGUUCAGUAGUUUUGUUGCCCAAACCAAAGCAGAGAAAGAGUGAAAAUAAGAAGUUUGAUGCAAUCAAACCCAAAUCUCCAAGGUUCAUGUGUUUAACCCAAUGACCCGCCACAUUUUACUCCAUGUAUGUACUUUGUCAGUAUUUUGAAAGAAACUUAACGAAACCGUUUGGCUGUCUAAACUAAACCAAACAGUAUGUAAAAAGUGAGAAUAAUAUUAAGGAGAAAAACUGAAAAUAUGGAACAUAACAAUACACUAGCACCAAUGAAGGAGCUCCAUUCUUACCAUGUUCUCGGCUAGCAUCGCUGUGGUAGCAGACAUACCUCUAAAAGAUGGAGCUAUAGAGAGCAGUGACAGCGGGAGGCCCAGCUCAAUGGCUUCAUAUUGUUUGACACAGAAGUACCUGGAACAGAGCCAGACCUGUUUUUUAUUUAAAAACCAGGCCUUAGCCCACACAGAAGUGCUGGACCUUGCUCCGUGCUCCGACCUGGCCGGGACACAUGGGCCCACUGUGCAUUCACAGCUGAUGCAAAAGCUAAUGUCAGUUUAAAAUUUGCCAAACAAAGUUUGUGUCUUACCCAAUGUAACAUAAGUCACCAAUUCAAUGACAUCACAGACUUCAUUGUGGGUCUUGUAUUUUUUUCACCCUUUUUUUCCGACUGCACUUUCUCAUAAUGUAAUAGUGUUGCAAGGAUGGUUGCAAGUUACAAAUUGUAACCACACACAGCACUAGUUCCAGCAAGGUCCAGCAUGAUCGGAUGGACAUGGGGGGGGGUUUGGCUGACCUCCACCAAGUGCAGCAUAAGUGCAGCGAAGAACAUUACUGACUUUUUGUGAGAGUCACAGCUAUGUCGUAUACCAGCAGCGUCAGUACCAGUGUCGCCACAGUCCUGCUGUUGUGUCAUAGUUAACAUUACAGCCCUCAAUAUCUUGAUCAGCUCUGAAUAUAGUCAAUUGGCCCUUGAGUUGUGUUCUGUGUCACUGCAGAGAAUUGAAUGCUGUUAAUGUACAAUGUCAUAUGCUUAUAGGCUUGCUAAUGCUAAUGCUAUGAGCAGCUAUGUGUGAGAGGUAAAGAGACUCUAGUGAGCUAUUGUUUUGCAUUAUACUUGGAUAGGCAGCUGACUGCAUUUGUUCCUAUUCAUUUUCACAUACAAAAUUUGAUGGGAAAAAAAGUAUGUACUUUCUGUUCGUCAGGGUGAACCCUGUAAAUGAUGUUACAAACACUUUACAUCAGGUCUUAUCACAAAACACAUGACACAGAGACAGUUUGAUGUAACUUCAAAAAAUGGUGUGUUCUAGUUUUUUGCUAAUUUGGAUUUCCAUACAUGUCAUGUCUAAAGAAACUUAAGAGAGUCCCCACUUGAGAGUCAGAAUAAAACACUUUUUUUAAAGGGAAUACAGUAAAUUAAAGUCUUGUGAGUUGCCGAAUUGAUGAAUAGAGACAAAGUUAAUGUGCAAAGCUUUGGUUGAUUAUGUGUUGGAAUCUUGUUUUACUUGAAUUCGUUGCACUGUUGUGAAAAAUGAGUAGCCUGAACAGUGAGGGUGUAGCAUCGAAUGCCUGGCAGUUGUGUGACAAUUGGGAAACACAUACGGUGUACAGAAGGUGAAAUGACAGUUUGACACUGUGGACAGUUUGUGUUGGCAAAUGCAAAUUGUACUGUACUAUUGUAACUGGUAGAUGAUUGUAUUGGUAUGGUAGCAGGUGAGUGAUUUAACUUUAUGAUAGUAAAGCUCAUAGUUCCAAGGUAUGAAAGUCUGAAAAACUGCAUUAGACCCACUCUUCAGCAAAUUCAUUAAAAUGUAUCACAUGAUUUAUUCCCCAUUCACACCAAUCAACACCUCUCUUGAAAGCAAAUUUAUGAAGAGCUGAACAUUAUCACCUUCAUGUGGUGGAUUUGAUGUUCAAGUGUUGCUAUUGACUGCAUUUUAGCCAGGUGUAUAACUGAGUGUAUAUACAUACACAUGUGACAAAAAUCAUUAGUAAUGUUCCACUUAAAAAAGGAAAAAGCAAGCAGCAAAGCAGCCCCAUAGCACAACUGAGUAACCUCCAUGUUGUAACUGUUUUCAGUUUGUUUUUCUUUCAACAGUAAUUUGUUGUACAUUGAUUCUUGAGGUCAGCUUGUAUCCGUUCGAAAGUUUUGCUUGGUUUAUUUUCCACAUCCAUGGAAAUUGGCUAUGGUCCCAGCCCGUAUCCAUCCAAGCACUCAUUAGCUAUACCACUUCUUUCUCUCAUCCAGCUGACAAUGGGUGAGAGGUGAGGUAUGCACCCUGGACAGGUCACCAGUCUAUCACAGGGCUGGCCAGCAGGUUCAAACUCAGAACCUUCUUACUGCAAGGCAGUAAUGCUAUCCACUGCACCAUUGCUAAUGUUAGCUGCCCCUAAUUAACUAACUGCUUGGAUAUGGUCUCUUCAUCAUUCUUGGCCAUUAUUUUUGUUAAUUCUCAAAGCGGUGCGCACAAUAACACCAAGCAGCACAUUGAGAUCUUCUCUUCAUUUAAAUAGGCUGAAUGACUGGUAGUAAGACUGAGGGCAAGUGUGAUAUCAAUUGAAGACAAGUCUGCUGGAAAUAUCACCACAAUCCACUAAUUAAUCACCAAUAAGAUAUACCAUCAUUUCAUCCAGGGCAUUUUAGAAGAUCCUUGUAGAAUAAGCAGAAAUGCAGCUCUACUCACAGCUUCUUUGAUUCAUUCUUUGCCAAACUAAAGACCUGCAGGUGAGCAUGACUAAAGAGUUUGAGUUUCAACAUUUCAGAAAGAACAGCAUUGUUGAGGUGCAAAAGUACCAAUACAUUCAGUUACAUAUAUUAUAUCUUUUAAAUAACCAACUUAAUUGGCUUAGGUUUUAUUGUGAGUUAUUCCACCAGCUUCAGCAGUUCAGUGAACUUGUCCUGCAAGUAUCUGCAAGAUUUCCCUCUAGCAAACAUGCAAUUAUCAACAUACAGUUGUUGAUUCAAAACUAACAGAAAAUCAGUCGAGGGUCCUCAGAUUUAUGCAUUUGAAUACUCCAGCAAAAAUAUGCAGUGUCCAAAAAGUGGACCCUGACAACCAGCAGUGCGCUAGGAUUUCUGCUGUUGAACUCAUGUUGCUUCUGAUGAUAAAUGUGCUUAUGAUCCCAGUAACUUUCCUUAGAUAUAUAAUUCUGUCUCAUAGUAUGAACUGUUAUUCAUUGAUAGCUUUUAAAAUUAACAUGCAUCACCUUAUCGUGACAACUUGCCCACACAAACAGACCCUUGGGUUUUUAAUACAGUGACAUUUUAAGCUUGAAUGCACAUUUAGAAGAAAUGUUUUGGUUAACCCUGGGCCUCGAUUAGUGUAGUUGAUCAUAUGCAACUUGCCCUGAGGUAGGCCUAUGGUGACCCUCAUACAUAAAAUGUAAGUGAUUUUGUGAGGGAGUUUUCCUUCCCUUGCUGGAUUGUGGGUGGAAAGUUUUAAGAAUAGGAAAUAGUAACAUCGUCUAUAGUCUGAUUUUAAGAGAAGAAACAAGGUUGUUUGAGGAAAGAGGUUGUCAGAGUAUGAAAGAGAAAGGAAGAAUUUCACUGGUCGGAUAUGUCUUUGAUGAAAUGCUGUAUUUGAAGAGAACAGGGAAGAGAAGGUUAGAGAUUAUUGGACAUAUCAGUGAUGUUUUUUGCUGGCUGAAAUAUAAUUUGUUGAAAAUUUUAAAUUGUAACUGGGUCAUUGAUUUUAUGAGACCAGUUAGCCGGAUGCUAGGUUUAUGUUUGUUGGUGAAUUAUGUGUUGAGUUUUUUGUCAAAUUUAGGUUGAGCCUUUAACGUUCAGCUAAAUCUACCUAAUGUGCCAUCAGUGGUUUGCCCCAACAGGACAAUCUAUUAUGACUCUUGUCUGAAAUGAUGAUGACAAUCUGUAAUUUUUUCUCUAUGUAGAAUUUCUACAUCACUGUAUAAUGUCUAUGGUCUGAGAGUCUUUUCAAAACUGUUCAUGACUGUACUUUAAAUAUUUGGCUUGAUUGUUAAAUGCAACUAUCAUUUGUGUGUUGCUGCUGAUACAAUAUACAUACUGCUAGCCAUUAUUUAACACUACAACAAUGUAUUAAUUUAUUUUUUCUCUGUUUUGUUUUUUGACAGUUGUUUGUAUGGAGAUGAAUUAAAAAGUAGGUUUACAUUUUA